AUGCUUACCUAUCAAGAAAGUUUUUUAAAUCCCAACUUUAAAAUCAGUAAAUUUGAAAGAAAUAAAUAGAUGAAUUAUCGUUUGGCAUUCGUGCACAGCAACAAACGUUAACAUUUAAUCAAUUUAUUUCUUAAUGAAGACUUAUUGAUUUAACUAUCUUGUAAGCUACAAAAUUUUCAUCAUUAAAAUAUUCGCUUGAAAAUUUUAAAUCAUUCCUUUGAGAAUGUGGAUAUAUCAAAACACUAAUCUCUUCCCUACCAACUCCAAUUUUUAUUUAAAAUAAUCAAUUUAGAUUUUAUUUUUUAGCAUCGAAGAUAAUUUUUAAAGGCAUCAUUCUAUAUAAAUUUUAGAGAUAAAAAGAAUAAAAAGAAAAAUAAAAGAUUGAAAAUAUUUUUGUAAUAAAAAAGAAAGCAUGAAUAAAAAUUAAGAAAGAUUAAAAAUUUUGAAAUAAAAUAAAAAGAAUAAAAAAAGAAGAAAUUAAAAAAAGCAUAUAAAAGCUAAUAAACACAUACAAUUACUAAAAAAAAAUUCGUUAGCACAUAAUAAAAAUUUUUUAUCUUUUAUUUUAUCAAAAAAUUUAAAGAAGAUGGUUGA